GGCUAAGCAUGGCUACAGCUGCUCCAACUGUGCAGGAUUUGCAGACUGAAUCCCAAAUGCUGGAGGAAUCCCCAAGGGAGAGGAAGUUGUCUUUUGUGGACCGGCUAGAGAAGCAUCCUCUGGAGAACAGGUGGGCAUUAUGGUUCUUCAAGAAUGACAGAAACAGGACUUGGCGGGACAACCUUCAUCUGGUCACCGAGUUUGAUACUGUGGAGGACUUCUGGGCGAUUUACAGCCACAUCCAAAUGGCCAGCAAACUGACCUCGGGCUGUGACUAUGCCCUUUUCAAGGAUGGCAUUGAGCCUAUGUGGGAAGAUAGCAGGAAUAAGCAUGGUGGCCGCUGGUUGGUCAGCCUGGCCAAGCAACAGCGCCAAAGCAACCUCGACCGGCUCUGGCUAGAGACACUUCUUUGCCUGAUUGGAGAGGCCUUUGAGGAAUACAGUGAGGAGGUGUGUGGGGCUGUGGUCAAUCUUCGCACCAAGGGGGAUAAGAUAGCCAUCUGGACCAGUGAGGCUGAGAACCAGCCAGCUGUCACCUUUAUUGGACGUGUCUACAAGGAGAGGUUGGGGCUCUCCCCGAAGGUUGUUAUUGGCUACCAGGCCCAUGCAGAUACAGCCACCAAGAGCAACUCUUUCACCAAGAACAAAUUUGUUAUUUGAGGUCCUGGUACAGAUACCAGUUCUUUCCAACUCAGGAUUAAAAUGGUGUCUGGGCUGCCAUCCCUCAUUUCACCUGAAAAUAAAAACAAAUACAAAUCA